AUGUCCAAGGUCGACUUCAAGUUCCGUCCGUCCGAGACGAGGGGUGGGGCGGACCAUGGAUGGUUGAAGACAUUCCACACGUUCUCUUUUGCGAGCUACUAUGAUCCCAAGUAUGAGAGCUUUGGCGCGUUGAGGGUGAUCAACGAGGACCGAGUUGCUCCCAAGACCGGUUUCCCCACUCACCCGCACCGCGAAGCCGAGAUUUUCAGCUACAUCAUCUCCGGCGAGCUGUCCCAUAAGGACUCGAUGGGGAACGUCGAGACGAUGAAGAGGGGGGAUGUGCAGAUGACGAGCGGGGGUACGGGGAUUGCGCAUUCAGAGUAUAAUGAUCACAAGUCAAAAGCAUGCCACUUCCUCCAAAUCUGGGCUCUCCCAAACCAGAGCGGUCUGACGCCAAAAUACUACGCUCGGCACUUUACAGAUGAGCAGAAGAAGGACAAAAUCUGCGAGAUUGUAGCGCCGGUAGGUGCGGCCGGCGUAGUGGAUGAGCGGGAAGGCGAUGGUCCGACUCCCGUCCACGCAAAUCUCUACUUCCUCACCUCCCUCUUAUCGCCCUCCGUCCCCCUCACCCACAUCCUCCGACCCCGGACCUCGCGCUCCGGCUCCGGCGCCGCCGGAAAGCUGUUCUACGCUCAGCUCGUCCAGACUUCAGGAUACAAUACGGGGCCUGCCCAAGGCAAAGCGCAGAUCAGGGUGGAGAUACAAGGGAAGGAGGCGGUUUUGGGGGAAGGAGACGGGGUGUUUGUCAAGGGUGUACAGGAGGGGAUGCGGGUGGGGUUGGAGAAUGUGGGGACGGGGGUGGGGGAGUUGGUCUUCUUUGAGAUUGAUGCCUGA